AUGGCCGUCUGCUGCUGCUUUCACCGGACACCGAAGAGCCGGCUUUGUAGCCUCCUAUUCACAUUGGCAAUUGUCGUCGCGCUGCACGUGUUCGCGUUCUUCGCGAAAUUCCACGCCAGUCGGCAAGUGCACCAUUGCAACAAUUACGGCUGCGGGUCCAAGGAACAUUUUUACCUAGCAGUCAUCGUGAUGUGUUUCGUCGCGGAGUUUCUUUAUCUCCUCGCGUUUGCCUUCCCCAAGUACAUUUGCCCGGUCGACCCCCGCGAAGAGCCGCCGACAAUUCCGGCCACGAGCGACGAGGUCCGCGCGAUCUACCGACCGAUGGCCGCGUGGUAUCGGGCGCCGGCGCGCGACGCGCUGCGGAGGCAUAACGGCGAGUUUCCGCCGACGUCCGAGGCGCUCUUGGCCUGGAAGUCGUUCGAAGCCGUGACGACGGCGUUCCUCGAAGAUCAGCCUGCGGGCGCCGCCGCCCGAGUUUGA